AUGUGCCAUCUGUGGCGUCCCCAUCAGGACGUGCACCACCGCAUUCUGGAUCAGCUGGAGUUCCCAGCGGACUUUGCGGAAUUCCGACCGAUCUCUUCGUUUCUUUUUCUCUUUCCCGCCGUGAAUAAAAUGCUGUCCUCCCGCCACCCGCUCUCGGCUCGCAACGAGCAGAACCCCACCUCGCCCCGUGUGUCGCCGCUGAAGAAAUUAGCCUUAAGCGAGAAGGAGAACACGCCUCCAUCGCUCAGCACAACCCGGGUCCUGGCUUCCAAGACAGCGAGGAAGAUCUUCCUAGACGCGGAUGUUCCUAAAAGUGCUAAGCUACCUUCAAACAACAUACAAGACGAACCCCUGCUUCAAGAAAAUCCCCGUCGCUUUGUCAUCUUUCCCAUUCAGUACCAUGAUAUCUGGCAGAUGUACAAGAAAGCAGAGGCUUCCUUCUGGACGGCUGAAGAGGUGGAUCUCUCCAAAGAUAUUCAGCACUGGGAAUCCUUAAAGCCUGAAGAAAAGUAUUUCAUUUCACAUGUUUUGGCAUUCUUUGCUGCAAGUGAUGGCAUUGUCAAUGAAAAUUUGGUGGAACGAUUCAGCCAGGAAGUACAGGUCACAGAGGCUCGCUGUUUCUAUGGGUUCCAGAUUGCUAUGGAAAACAUCCAUUCAGAAAUGUAUAGUUUGCUUAUUGACACUUACAUCAAGGAUCCCAAAGAGAGGGAAUUUCUGUUCAAUGCCAUCGAAACACUUCCGUGUGUUAAACAGAAAGCUGAUUGGGCUAUGCACUGGAUUGGGGAUAAACAGGCCAGUUAUGGAGAACGCAUAGUUGCUUUCGCUGCAGUGGAAGGUAUCUUCUUUUCUGGUUCUUUUGCAUCAAUUUUUUGGUUGAAGAAACGGGGGCUGAUGCCCGGACUCACUUUUUCCAAUGAACUCAUCAGCAGAGAUGAGGGUUUGCACUGUGAUUUUGCUUGUCUGAUGUUCAAACACCUGGUACACAAACCAUCUGAGGAGCGAGUGAGAGACAUCAUCACUAAUGCUGUCAGGAUAGAACAGGAGUUCUUGACAGAAGCGCUGCCUGUAAAGCUAAUUGGCAUGAAUUGCACUUUAAUGAAGCAGUAUAUUGAAUUUGUAGCAGACAGACUGAUGCUGGAGCUUGGUUUUAACAAGAUAUUCAGGGGAGAGAAUCCAUUUGACUUCAUGGAAAAUAUUUCCCUGGAAGGCAAAACCAACUUUUUUGAAAAGCGUGUAGGAGAAUAUCAGAGGAUGGGAGUGAUGUCAAAACCCACAGAUAACUCUUUCACUUUGGAUGCCGAAUUCUAGAUGCAGAAGGACAGUCUCCAGCUAAGCUUGACAACUGCUAGCUGUGUUUGCCCUAUGGCCCUCAACAUUCGUUCUUGCAUGUGUGCUGGUACUUUAGAAACGUUUGUGUAGCUAAAGCAGGAAAGCAAUUAAGGGUUAACUUCAGUGUAUUUUGUAACAAUACAAAAGCUACUCAAUCUUUUAAAAAAUACUUGAAGUGGCAUGCUCCAUUCCCUGGUAAUUGGACACCAGUAGUCCAUCCACAGCAGAGCGAAGUAGAAUGGGACCACUCUUUAGAACGCGACAGGGUAUCUUACUUGAACUGCAGGAAGUUACAGGCUCUAUGGGCUGGGUCUUAUGAACCAUAGGUGUAAAGCACUGGCAGCGUCAGAUCUUCCCCUGCCUUCCUUCAGCAGCGACUUGAGACUCCCCGGAAACCAGUGCUGGGAAAAGAUGUGUGUGUCAAAGGAAACUUGUGGACAAAAGACCUUGAUGGAUUGCAAUAAGGAGAGGGGGAGUCUGGUGAAAUCACCUCCACCACCUCCUUUCUACUAGCAAAUGGAGUGCUGCAGAACAAGGUUUCCAUCGAUGCAGGAUUGCUCACAAGGUUACUGUAACCCCCCCCUGCAUCAGCUUUUUGGGAGUCUUAAAGCUCUGAGAGGGGAAGGUGGGUGAGAUCCAGGAGCACGUUACACUCACAGUUCAUAGGAUGCAGCCUUCUGUAACUACAUCGCCUCUUAGCUGGUUUUAAGUUUAUUUACUCUUUUAAUAGUUUGUACGUAAACCUGGCACUUUAAAUAAAGGUCUGGCCUGCGAUUCCUGGAAAAGGCUGGCCAUGCAUGUGAGUUUAGAAUAAACUCUUUUUAGACUUCUGUUUGCUGUAACUUGGUUGUUGUACUCUUAUUUUACCUGUGUAAAAUUGUACGUGCUGAAAUGGAAAACCAUUUUGAACAUGUGUAGCU